AUAUGUAUACGUAGACAAUUUAGAAUUGAAUUAAAAUAUUUACAUUUCAUAUCAAAGAAAAAUAAUAUGCAAGUUACAGUGAUCAUAUAUUUAGUUGUUAUGAUACGAGGUGCAAUUGGAAAAACUUUUUUUAAUAAAACAUCUCGAACAAACCAAAAUGUGGAGUUAGAGGGGAAGCAAGUACCUCACGAGAUAGAAUGCUCACUUUACUAUCGCUACGUUUACGGAGUAAGAGUACUUAAAGAAUGUUACGAAGGAAAAUUAUUUAAUACCGAAAUAUCGAACUGCGAUUACAGCUACAACGUCGAUUGUGGUAACAGGAGCUAUCCAGAAGAAAGGGAAAGUUCGAGCGAAUACUACUAUAUAGAUAACGACAACUGGAACAUUAUAGAAAAUUCAAUUCCAUCCGAAUGUCCAAUUAAAGAAGAUCCUUACGAACAAGAUGUACUAAUGGCGCACGAACAGAGCUGCAGUCACUAUUAUAGAUGUAUAAAUGGAAAGAAAUAUCUGAUGAAAUGCCCGGGGAUAUUACAAUUUAAUCGAAGGGUAUUGGUAUGUGAUUGGCCAAGUAAAGCGAGAUGUUAUAGUAAGUGGUACACUAGUAGUAGUAGUACCACCACCGAAACACCAACUAGUACAAACACUAGCAUCGUUAUAGUUUCUUCAAAACUAUUCUUUAAUUGUGACUAAUGAAAUUUUUUUAAACAUGAUCAGUUUAGAUGUCUUAAGAUGUGGUGCAUCAAUUGGUGAAGAGAAGUAAGGUUAAGUUCAAGAUAUAAAGAAGGGGCAGUUUUAACGAAAAUUGGACUAACUUUAGGUAAAAUUUUUAAAGCAGUUCUAGAUUUUAUAUCAACGUUUUAUAAUUGAAUUAAAUGGUAUUUAAAAAUUAAAAAAACGUUAUAAUUGAUAGACAACCAUUGUAGUAAUAUCUUGAAAUUAUUUCUAUUUAUUGUUGAAUGAUGUGAAUGUAAUUGAUUUAAUUUAGGUUUAGACCAGUGCAGAAGCCAUCGAAACUAAUGAAAAGUGGAAAAAAUAUUAUAGCAAGAUGAGAAUAGGCAGAGAAUAUAAAAAAAAGGGGGAAAAUAAAUUACGGGCGAUUCGAGUUCGGGAAGUGGGUGACGGUGAAUUUUUAAUGGUAAAAAAAUGUUUUUUUUUUCAUUUCCGCCAAAACUAUAAGUUCUAAAGAAAAAAAUUACAUGGUAAAAUUGUAGGUAAUUAAAAUAUCUACAACUAUUGUUGUCACACUUUUUUCACAUUUCUCAAAUUUAUGAGAAAAAUUGAAAAAACCAUAUUUUUUGUUUUUCUCUCACCUUCACCCACUUUCCGAACUCGGAUCGCCCGUAAUUUAUUUUUCCCUCCAUUCUUUUUAUAUUCUCUGCCUUUUCUAAUAGGUUUAAUAUUUUUAGUUUCAAAAAUUAUCGACCCUGUUCUA